CGGCGGCUGCUUGAACCCGAAGUUUUAGUUCGAGAGCGCAGAAACGUCGAGCGUCGAGGGAGCGAGAAUUUUCGUCGUUGUCGAUUGUGGUGCGUGGGAGGACAUCCUUGAGCUGGAAGGAGGUUGAUGUAGUUGGAGCUUGAGGAUCGAAGGAGAGGAGAGGAGAGGAGAGGAGAUCGGGUCAUGUGAUGGGCGUCUGACAUUAUGGAGGACGUGGGCGGGAGUAGUAGCAGUAACGGAAAAAUGCACAAGGCUGUGGAUGAGGAGGCGUCGUCGGGCAUGAAGCAAGCGCCGCCGCAACAGGAGCCUCGGGGAGAUUGUACCCCACAGCGAUCUUUCGACAGUGGGAGUGAUCAGGAGUCGUCGCUCUGCUUAGGGUUGAGUGUGGAUUCUCGACUCCGCGACGAGCCGCAAGACGAGCAGAUUGAGAAGCUGAAGGAGUUCCUGUCGGAAGCUGCGUCUCGCGGGGACGACGUGGUGACGCAACACGACGCCGACACCGUGAAAGCGUUCGAGAAUUUGCAGAAUUUGCAGCUCGGAACGAACGUCAACAACUCUGGACUGGCGGCGCGCCUCGAAUCGGCUGCCCGAGCCAAUCGCGAAAUCGAAAAUCAAGCUGCCUCUGGCUUUUACCCCUCAGAGACGGUGUACCUCGAAGAACACACUUUGAAAGAAGUGUUGGAAGAAUCGGGCUCUGCCUUGUCGGUGAAAAUUCCAUCGACGCUUGCCGCACCUCAGUCUCCCAGACUGGGCCUGCAGUCUCCCAAUGAUGGACGCACAUGGAAGAUGGGUAUUUGAUUGUUGUGGACUGGCCUAGACUAUAUCACCAAAGAGUUUGAACUUUGCUCUCGAGAAGCUAACGGAGAUUUCGACACAGGCUACGUCGUUAAAAAGGGAAAGAGGACAAAGACAGAAAUGUACAUCGUCGAAUUUGCUACUGAUAGUCGCAUAUAGAGCUUGGGGAUUAUACUAUUCAGAUGCUUUCAUCAUUAGAGGAGGAUUGUCUUGGAAAAAAGCCACAUCAAGAUUGUAAUUCGUUCAACAUUUCCAUAUUUCAAUAGUCAAUUGGCUGUCGGUAAAUGCCGACGACGGUCUGCUGCACGGGCCCUAUAAAAGUGACAUUCAACGCCUAUAUCUUGCGGGAACGCCUUUGAUCAGAUUUCAAGUCAUAGGCUAUACUUGUAGUGAGGGCCUUUAUCCCUUUCUUGUCGAGUUGAAGACACUGAGAUGAAGAUUUCCAAUGAUGGACAGUGCUAAAGC